GCAGCCAUGCAGCCGGGCGCCGCGCUCCUGGCCCCGCUGGCCGGCCUGGCCCUGCUGCUGUUCCUGCUCCGGGCACGCCGGAAGCCCCGCUGGGGGCCCCGCGCCUGCCCCGUGGACCUGCGUGGCAAGACGGCCCUCGUCACCGGCGCCAACAGCGGGAUUGGCAAAUGUGUGGCCCUUGACUUGGCCGGCAGGAAUGCACGCACCAUCCUGGCCUGUCGGGACCGAGAGAGGGGGCAGGCUGCGCUGGACGAGAUCCGCAGGGCCUCUGGCAACCCUGACGUGCACCUACGCCUCCUGGACCUCAGCUCCAUGGCCUCUGUCCGAGAUUUUGCCCGGCAGUUCCUGAAGGAGGAGCGCCAGCUGCACAUCUUGGUCAACAACGCGGGCAUCACAGGCUUGCCAGUCACACCCACCGCCCAGGACCAGCAGCUGAUGUUUGCCACCAACGUCCUGGGCCCCUUUCUGCUCACCAACUUGCUUCUAGACACCUUAAAGGCCUCUGCCCCCGCACGGAUUGUUAAUGUGUCUUCCUUCGUGCACUGCAAGGGGAUGGUGAAUGUUCAGUUCUUGACUGGCGAGGCGUCACCAAGAACCUGCUCCCAGGCCUACAACAGCUCCAAACUCAUGAACGUGGUCUUCACCAUUGAGCUGGCCAGGCGGCUUCAGGGCACAGGGGUGACCGUCAACUGCCUGAACCCAGGAGUGGUCAAGACGAGCAUCAUGAGUCGAUUCCACUGGACCGUCCGCCUGCUCUACAGCCUCUGCAGCCCCUUUAUCAAGUCAGCGGAAGAGGGUGCCGUCAGCACGUUGUACUGUGCCGUCUCCAGGGAGGUCGAGGGCAUCACGGGCAAGUACUUUGACAGCGACUGCAGCCUGGUGCUGCCUUCGGACUCUGCCCAAGAUCCAGGCAUCGCCCACAAACUCUGGGAUGCUCUGGAGCAGCUGACGGGGCUCGGGAACAGCAGGACCAAGUGAGGACAGGAAGCAGCCCUGCCAAGUCCCGCCUACUCCUCCCAAGCUCUUGCAGGCCCAAGGAGCUCUUUUUGGGGCUCUACAGUUGGCCCCUGCUCCCCCCCCCCUUUUCUCUCAGGGAAGGGCAUCUGAAGCUGUGGCAAACCCCCAGCAAUAAAUCACACUGAAUGGA